AUGUCUUUGGUUUGUGCUGUCAAAAACGAGGAAAAUAUUGACAUUCUUAGAAACACAGUGAAAGGUCGGCAAUCGACCCUAACCACGACGACAACUACUAAGAAAACGACCAUUACUACUUCCAGAGUCACGCCACAGAAAUGUGAGCCUCGUGUCAUUGAAGAAUUCGACUAUGAUGAGAGUGUUCCAAGGUCGCUAAUGCCAGACGGGAAAAAUGCCCUGAGUAAAGAGGCAAUCUACAAGUCCAAGUUGAAACAUGGCAUUUUCUACUCCCCUAAUAGGCCAAGUAAAGGUGUUAGUAGUGCUAAGUACGCUUCAGGUGUCGCUGCAGUCUUGGCUGAAAGGAACCCUGUGGAAAUAAAGGCUUAUCAAAGAAACGAAGUUGACCCUGUCGCUCUACAAACAGCAACCUAUUUGACCAACAAGUUUAGAACAACAAAGGAUACAAACAAGUUAAUUAAGCAAGGUUCUUGGCAUACUGAUCAAGAUGAUAGAUUGAGAAUGUAUGCUUGGAAAUCAUCUAGGAGAGCUGUAGAUCUGCCUCAAAAAGAAGAUGAGGAUUAUUACGACGUAGAAGGUAUGCUUUUGAAGAAUAGAAUGAACUACUCCAAGGUUUUGAGUUCUGCAGAGGAUAGAGCAGGGGAUCGGAUUGAAGAACGGUAUACUACGGUGCCAAAAGUGUCUCCUGCUGUUAAACGUAGCUAUUCGAUGAAUGCAGCAAACUCCGUCUUUAGGACUCAAAAUUACGAAAGCAAACAUGAUUUAGAUUUGCAAAGGCAGAAAGUGGAGAUUGCCAAAUUGAUGGCUUCUGAGAAGGUUAUGAAACAGGCACGUGCCAGAGCAGCUUAUGAAUUAAAUAAGAUCGCUAUAGAAGAUCCAGAUGAAAUGAUCUUUGGUAAUAUGGAUUACAAUAGACAUGCUGUCGUUGUUGCUCAGAGACAUUUGUCAAAAGAGAGAACGGCGGAAGAGAAAUUCAAAAUUCAGCAUCAAGAUGAAUUGUAUAUGGGUAAAGGUCUCUGGGUAAAGAACAAAGAAAUUGAUAAUACUGCAAGGACUUUUGUCAGGCCAAUUCUAACUGAGGUUGAUGCAAGAGUGGAAGAACAAAGAGAAACUGAUCGAGUAUUGUAUGAGAGACACAGUAAGCAGGUACGGGAUUGGGAAGAUUGGAGAGCGCUUCAGAAUCUAAGAGUAUCGAAUGACGGCAGAUUGAUCAAUUCUAGUAGAAGGAAGAAUACCAGAAUGUUGAAUACUCGGGAAAAGGUUGCUGUCAGAAAGUAUAAUGAAAUGGUUGCCAGUAAAGAAAGGGAGUUGCAACUAAAAACAGAUGAAUUAAAUGCACUAAUCGAAGAGAGACGUACCUUAGAAGAUACUUUGGAUUCUAAUUUGCAAAUGUAUGAGAAGAAGCAAAGUCAAGAGUUUGAAGAGUGGAUGAAAAUAACAGAGAAUGAUAUUUUUGCAAUUCGUGAAGAAGAAGAGGCGGUAUUGACGCCUUACCGUAAUGACGUUAAGACAGCUGAGCAAGACGGUAUCAAUUUGAAACAAGAACAAACGGAAAUUGAAAAUGACAUUAAAGCGUUGGAGGGAGAGCAAAUGAGUAUUGCAAAUGAGAAGGAGUUGGAAAGUUUGCAGAAGAAGUUGAUGGUGGUUCAACGUAAGGUUGAACUCAAUGAAAACGAACGUGAAUUAAAGAGGGAAAAGUUGAACUUGCUAGAAUCCUUUAGAAAGGAACACAAGCCAAACUCUCUCGAGGAGGAAGCAGAGCUGAAAAACUCCCUUGGUCUUUCAAUGGGUUCGACUGGGUACCUUCAAGAUUUGAAAAAGGAUGAACAUUUAAGACCAGCACUAAUGUCAGACGGUGCUACUCCUGGUGCAUCCGCUAGGUCAGUAACUGGGGUUAGUGGUGUCAUGGAACCAGAUCCAGCAGUAGCCAACAUCAGUCCAGUGACGCCCCACUCAACACCAAGAAAUGCAGUUAAUCUGAAAGAAAAACCCAUCUCCAAUGUAGAUACAGUAGUUGAAGAUGGUAUUACAGAGUCUACACCGUCUUUUAGUGGAUUUUCAGAAAGUUCGAAGAAGGAAGGGUUUUUUAAGGAAGUUUUUUAG